AUGGGGGCCCCAUAUCUGGGAUCUAAGGUCCAGGAAGCCCCUCCCUGGUGCCGGGGGCUCCUCUGGCAGACCAGCGCCCCCAACCUGUGCAGGCCUCAGCCGUGUGGGACAGGGAACGUAUUCCUCACAGUCUCGCAGUCUUCCGAACCCGGGACCCCAACCGAGGGAUCCGGGCAUGGGCUCCCGGCCCCCGGACGAACCCCCAAACUUCGCGGCCCGCCGUGCCCCGCCCGGCCCGCGCCCUACCUCGCUGGGGCUGUCCUGCAGCGGCGGCGGCGGCGGCACGGCGGCUGGGCCGCUCAGUCCCACAUUGUCCCCGGGAGAGGCGGCCGCUCACAACUGCGAGUGACAUCAGCUGCGAACAAUGAGGGGUUUGACAGGCGCGGAGCCCGGCCGGCCCGGAGCCCGGCUCCGCGCCCCCCCCAACCCCCCGGCCCGCCCGGCCCGGCCCCUCCCCGCCCCCUCCCCGGAUCCGAUUACAGCGCUGCGGGCCCGCCCCAGCCGCCCCAGUGCCGCAGCCGCCCGCCCCGCCCCGCGCGCCGCGGUGAGCCCCGAGCUGCGGCCGCUUCCGGGAGGGCUCGGGCGACCCUUCCCCUGCCGCUCCCGGAGCCCGGCGGGUUGCGACCAGGGGCGUCCGGACUGAAGCGCGGUUUUCAGCUCCUUCCCCGCGCCGCCAGCGCAGCUCCCGGCCCUGAGCCCCUCAGCUCCCGCCAGGCCAGUCCUUCCAACCCGGGCCGCCAGCCCGACGCCUCUGCCGAGCCCCCUGCACCCCGCCAUCCCCUCCUUGGCCCCGCCGCCAGCCCCCCCUCCGCGUCGCUCCGGGCCGGGGUCCCUCAGAGCUCCAGCUGCGAUCCCGCGCCCCGCCCAGCUCCAGGCUCUGCUCCCUGCGCGCCAUCCUCCGCUCGGGCUCGCGCCCACCGAGACCCACUCCCCUCGGCCACCCACACCAGGGCCCGGCCCUGGUCCGCGCAGGACAGGCUGGAGGAGGGGCCAGAGAGUCGUGUGGCCCUGUGCACCCGGCCCUGUGAUAACCCUGAAUCUAACCCCGGAAUUCCUUUUGGGGUUAGGGUCGCAAGGGACGGGCUCUCUUGAGUCUUUUACUGGGGAAAGGAUAGUAGUGGAGGAGGAGCUGAACUGUUCUCAAGUCCCCCGGACCUCCUCCCGCUCGCCCUCGGGGGAGCAACUAUCCUCCCCCUUUCCUUCAUAAUCGGCUCAGCCUGGACCCACUGACCUCCACCUCCCCCCGCAGCUGAGUCUCUUGGCACCUGGGUAUGUGUGGGUGGGGAGGGGAAUCCAAUCUCCCUUCCUCUCCAUCUGGCCUGGUGGACAAAGGGCAGGGGGACCAUCUGGUCCUGCCGGAGUGGGGGAGGGGCCCACAGUGUUGGUCCCAGGGUUGGGGGAGGGGCGGCGCUUUUUAGGCGCUGGAGCCGGUUAGAUCUAAUUGCAUCACUUUAUUUUACCGACCUCCACUCUGGCUCCCACCCCUCAAGCCUCAGAGCAGGAAUCAAGCUUCGCUGAGAAGCCUCAGGCUUGGUAACCUGGGGAGAUGCAGAGCACCCAGAAGGAAUGGUAAAAGCAAGGGGACAGAGUGGUGGCCCUGCCUUUCUGGGGGCCACUUCCGGCCUGGGGCCAGCUGAAACCUGUGGCUGAGUAGCUUUCUGGGCUGGCCACACCCUAAGCCUUGCAAAAGGGUCUCCUGCAAGGGCUGGCCCAAGGGGUCCCCACUUCCCCAGCCAUGGUUAGAAGUGCUCAUGUGUGCAAGUGCUUGUGUGGAGGCUCAAGUAUGAAUGUGUUAGGUAAACAUGAUAACCACUACACUACGAAAACACCCCCUCACGUAUGCAUGUGUGUAUAUGCACAGCUGCACAUGAGAAUGUGCAUGCUGGUCCAGAGUUACGUGUACCUAUGCAGUUGCUCUCAAGCGAAGGGUCAUAUUGGGGAACAUGGAUGGCUCUAAACAUGUAAGUGUGCAGGUAGGCAUGUAUGUAUGUGGGGAAGUGGGUGUUGGGGGAAGAGCUGGCCUGCAAGGCAUUUGGAGAAGGAGGAGAGGUGGCAGGGGAAGGCUGGGCAGAGCAGAGGAAGGAGUAAAAGCUAGGCAGGAAAGUGGAAGAACAGGAGAAGCUCAUCUAAAGGAUUACCCUCCACCGGAUUAUGUUCCUUGAUUCUUGAGGUUUCUUUCUCUUGAUUUUACCUCCUCAGUCUAUUACUGCAAAAGAAAGAAACAGAAAAGACAGACUACAAAAGACAAGAACGCAGACAUAUAGACAGACGCACCUGUUGCAUGUGCAUGGGCCAGAGCAUAUGAGAGAAGAGAGAGCAUGAGACAGAGACAGAGAGAGAGAGAGAGAGAGAGAGAGAGAGAGAGAUAUCAGAGCAGGCAGGCAGCCCACCCCCUGCAGCAGUGCUGUGCUUCACUCCAGCCCCUGCAGGAAGUCUAGCAGCCCCGUAUGCCACUCCUCCGGUUUGUCCAGGUAACAGGGGUGCCCCGCCCCCUUCAUGAUCAGAACUCGGUGAUUGGGCAGCUGCUUCAGGUGCUCAAAGCUGGUCUGACCCAUGGGGUCCUGGUCUCCAUAUACAAUCAGAGCCGGAGUCUGAGAGGAAGGAAGGGUGGGGGGCAGAGUCAACAGGGACCUGCUAUAUCAGCUCCAGCCCUCCCCACCACUUCAGUCUCUCCCUGGGACCACCCCAUAUGAGGGAGAGAGACAAGCUGGCCCAGUGCAUGGAGGCACAGAUUGGCGUUUGCCCCAGAACACAGUUUAGCACAGGGCUUGGCACAGUAGCCUGCUGAGUAAACCAAAAGGGCGGAGUUGGGUGGCCAGCUCCUCCUAGAAGACACCCCUUGGUUACCCAGCCCCCAGAUAAGGAAGGCCCAGGGAUGUAUCCUUCGUUGCUCCUUGCUCCUGGCAGGGACACCUCAGCUUCCCACACAAGGGUACCUUCACACUGGCAUAGUUGGCAGCAUUGAUUUUGUCAGUGCAGAUGGGGGCCACUGGCACGUAGCCCCGGAGCUGGGAGCCAGGGGCCGUGAGGAAGGGCAGGGAGUACAUGCCACUCAGUGAUGGACUGAUCACAACUGGGGGGCCCAGCUCCAAGGCAUCCACCACAGCCGCCAAGAAGCUCCCAGGGGCCAGCUCCCCAAUAGGGGCAGGGGCUGCUGCUUCUUUGGAGUGCCCCAGACCUGCAGGGAUUCAGGUGUAGAAGAGACAAGACCAGAGCAGUGAAUGGCAAAACAAGGGAGAUGGUCCCUCUCUCCAGGAAGCCCUCCUAGGUCACUUCCUUUGUGGCCAGGUUCCUAUAACAUCCAGUGUGCCCAUGUUUAUUCCUACAGUAGCCUCACUCUAUCCUAUCUGUGCCAAGCAUGAUGCAUUUCUCUCCACGUCUGUGCCCGUCUCCCCAGCACUAAGUGUCCUGGAGAGAAACAAGCUGUGAAGCCCAAUAAGUCUGGGUCCAGAACCCAAUUUUGCAUCUCCUGUAUAUGUGACCUCAGAUGAGGAAACAGAGGCUCAGAGACACUGAGACACUGCCCAGGUAACAGUGAGGAGCAACUGGGUGGCGAGGACCACAUCUGGAUCAAGACUGCUCAGAGGCCCUUCGGUGUGCUUGACCAAACUCUGUCAAGCUCAGGGCCCAGCCUGGCUGGGUCCUCCUGAUCCUAUACCCCCGACCUGUGGAUCCCUGAUGAGACCUCCCCAACCCCUGCCCAGAAGGCUACCCCUUAAGUACCUGGGAGGUCAAUGGCCACAGCCUGGUAGCCAGCCUGGGCCAGCCUGCGCAGUGUACCCAGGUUCUGCCAGGUCUCGGAGGAGAAGCGGAUACCAUGCAGCAGCAGUACAGAGAAGCGAACCUGCCCACUGCCGGGCCGGGCCUCUCGGAAGAAGAGACCCUGGCCCUGCACCUGGAUGGUGCCCUCACGCUGCUCCACGUUUGCCGCCAUGCCUGCCGCUGCUGUGCCAGUGAAGGGCCUGUGAUUCAAAGCCAUGAUGAUGAGGGGCCACAGAAUACCCUGCCCAGGUGGAGCAGGGAGGCUGCCACAGACAGAAUGGAAGUCCCACAGGACCAGCAAGGAAGCCUCCAGGAGGCUUCCAGAACUUUAGAAACAUGCUUUGGGCUCAGGAGGACAUAGAUGUUAUUUCUGCCUCUGCCAUUCACUUUAUUGUGUAACCCUGGGCCUCAGCUUCUUGAUCUGAAAUAUGGGAGCAAUAAACCCAACCUCAAAAAUUAGGAAGUAAAUUUAAGAAAAAAAUUAUCAGUGGGGGUGCCUGCUAUAAAGACUCAAUAUGUGGGGCUCCCAUUGUGAUUACUGUUCUUAUUCUCAUUGUUAUUAUCCUUUUCUAUAAAUGGGGAUAAUUCAAUAGCACGAGGUCACAGGUAGUUGACAGUAUUAAAUAAGGCAAUGCAUGUGCCAUGCCUACCACAUAGGAAGGGGCACUGCUCAAUCAGCAGUAAGUACCCACUCUGGUACUUCAACAGUAAGUUACAGGUUUACAGGUCGUAGAUUGGCAACGCAGGCCAGAGGGAGCCCAAACUGGGGUAAAAAGCCCUUUUUCUUUUUCUUUUUCGGAAACUCUUGUUGCCCAGGCUGGAGUGCAGUGGCACGAUCUCAGCUCACUGCAACCUCACCUCCUGGAUUCAAGCGAUUCUCCUGACUCAGCUUCCUGAGUAGCUGGGUUUACAGGCACUCGUCACCAUGCCCGGCUAAUUUUGUAUUUUUGGUAGAGACGGGGUCGCGUCCUGUUGGCCAGGCUGGUCUGGAACUCCUGACCUCAAGUAAUCCGCCCAUCUUGGCUUCCCAAAAUGCUGGAAUUACAGGCGUGAGCCACUGCGCCCAGACUAAAAGCCCAUUUUCUUCAUCUUUUUUUUUUUUUUUU